GAAGCUGCAGCCAGCCCUCUCUGUCGGGUGCGACGUUCAGGUGCGCUUCACCCUCACAGGGGUGCACACUUCUGAGGUCGGUACGAUGGAUAAUGUCUGACCAACGGGCAGCCACUUGUGUGAAAAUAAAAGAUGUGGAAGCGCCGGUGCAGAGCUGGAGGAAAGGCCGAUUAAAGUGAAAGUGUCGACUUGCGGUUUCUAAUGAGUUUCACCUUUUCUAACUCUCUCUUGAUUCCCCCCAAGUUCUUGUUUUUUUCCGUUUCAAAUGUCACUUUUCUCAUCCUGUCUUCCCUCUCUGCGGCCCUAAGGUUGUGGGUCCUAAUCUUUCCCUCCAUGAACUAACCAAUCCGUCACACCGCUUACAGUUCCUUCAUUCCCUUCAGCUGUUCUCUGUCUUCCUUUUAUCCUUCUCUUCUCCUGUUCUAUCCUGUCAUGUCUGUAUCCAUGAGGAACCCACCCCAGCGCCGGCGUUCUCUGGGUCCCGUCUCGCCCAAACGAAUCUACAGAAACCUGUCCGUCAGACUGAGAGGCGGAGAGUCAUCUGUUGCCGGGGAAAUAGACACACCCAGACACCUCAGCAAGUCUGCAGAUGCUUACCAAACCCUAUGGGAGGCUGUGGAAAAUGAGGACACUUUGGCGGUACAAAGUCUGCUGUCCAGAGACCACAACAACGGUGGAGGAGGAGGAGGAGGAGGAGGAGGAGGAGGAAGCAUGUGGGAGAGAGGAGAGAAGAAAGAGAAGGACUGGGAGAGAGACAGGGAGAAGGGGGUAAACAGGGUCAGCGAACAGGGCCUGGUCCCCCUGGAUGUGGCUGCCCUUACUCACAAUUCCCCUCUCCUCCAUGUGUUGACAAAAGCAGGAGCCAGACAUAACCCUGUUUUGUGCCGACCAGCAGAGUGGGCACUUAAGCUGGACGCCCUGGUGGCGCUGGCAGGUAAACGGGUGGAGGAGAGGAAGAAGGAGUUAUUGAAGAAGACGGCGGUGGGGCCGCAGGCGCAGGCUGAUGUCCACCGACACAUCCGCCUCUGGAGCCUCAGGCUGCAACUGUACUGCCGGAUGAGAGAGAACUUCCUAAACACAGAGCUCCCAGGGCCUCCCAGUCAUGUGUCCAUACUGGUAACAAGCACAUCCUCUCUGUUUGUGUCGAUCAAAGAGCCAGAAGGUGACACCAUGGGGCUCAUUACCCGCUACAGAGUGGAAUGGAGCACCUCAGCCAGCUUCAAACGCAUCCUUGGCUCAGCCCAAGUUACAGAGACCAAGAAUCCAUCUCAUAGCAUCAAUGGACUCACAACAGGAGUGCAUUACUUUGUAAGAGCGAGUGCCUUCAAUGUGAAAGGAUGGGGUCCGCCUCAGUGCUCCACUCCGACCAGUGCUGCCCCCUCCAGUUGGAGAGAGUGCAUCGGCGUGAAGUCACAGUUCAGAAAUCACGAGGGUCUCGUGAGGAAACUGCUGGAAGAUGCCAGAGAACCACAUUACAGAGGAUACUGCAUAGAGAGCUCUAAGCCCCAGAGUCCCAGCAAGCGUCUGUCUGUGUCUCGAGGCAUCAAACAACUGUUCCAGUCCGCCACCAAGUUUGUUCGUCUCCUACAGAGGGGCGUGUACUUGGCUACUGUGUUCUACCACAAGGAAAACAUCCUGGUGACGGCUGAAGAUCAAAUCCCACUGGUGGAGAUCCAGUGCUGCUCCACCUCCAUCAUCCACGACUUCCUUUGGUUUGCCAAGUUGUCCUGUGCAUGGCAGCAAGUGCCCUGGCUGCAGCAGGCCCUUUCCUCUGCUCAUUCAUCGUCCUCCUCCCUCCUUCAGAACAGGCACAACAUUUUAAGAGCUGUCUCCCAGCUGCAGUCUUCUCUGGGAACAAUGGACCUGGGCCAGGUGUACUACGAGCCUCUGAAAGACCGGCAGGGCAACGUAUUACUAGUGACUCUGAAGGAGUUCCCAAACCCACCCAGCCCUCCUGACCCGUCGCUUCAUUGGAUGCCCCUGGCCCGUCUGGAAAAGAACCGUAGCAGAACUCCUCUGCUUCCUGAGCCCACUGCCAUGGACAUGCUCUAUGAGCAGCUCAAGGAGAAACUAUCCUUCCACAGGCACAGCAUUCAGUGGGCCCAGCCGGGUUUGUACGUGGGCAUCCUGAAACUGUGCAGCUCAGUAGAACAGAUUAGAGUCCUGGUGCCCCAGAGGCUGCCCAAUCUGCUGUGCCACACACGGGUUCGACACAAUCCCCACGUUUCCAGAGAGGAAUGGGCAUGGCUUCAGAGUCACAAUUACAGUGCAACCGCCGGCAGUGCUCAGAACCUGUUGAGCGAGGACGAGAGCUUGAUGGAGAGCAGCGGGCUGGUGGAGUUGGUCAGGUCUCUGAGAGCAGCAAUCACGCAUCUCCUGACAAAGCUCAACAUCCCCCUCUACAGGGCGUACCAGUACGGUGUGUACACCCACGAGCUGCUGCAGUUUGGAGACAAGCUGUCCAUACUGCUGCUGCUGCCUCCCAGCGAGGACUUCAGCUCCAGCUACUGGCCUCUGGUGGGGACCAAGGAGCCUGGGCUCACCAUGCCCCUGCAGAUCUUUGAACUGGUUCACUUCUGGACAUAUGAACGGGACUUCCUGUCCCAGUACUGCCAGGCCUGGGUGAGGCUGGAGCUGGACACUCAUCUGGCCCAGCAGGCUCUGCGGGAGGCGUUGGACACCAAGGAGGUGCAGGAAGCCAAAGAGCGCCUGAAUCACAUCACUGAGCUUUCCCAUCGUCUGGACGUGGUGUGGAGGGAUGCCCGCUGGAUUAUGGACUGUCUGCAGUGCGUUCGGUCCAAACAGUGGGUGGGGGCAGUGCCUCUGGGUCUGGUGAUGGGAGGAGACCCGCCGGCACGUCCUGAUGGUGAGGAGGAGGAGGAGAGUUUGACUGCCAGACUGACAUGGCCCCAUCGGAUACAAGCGCAGAGACAAGCCAUCACAGACUGUUUAAUCAGCUCGACUCCACCAAAUGUCGUCACCGCUGAGGUCUCCGCUCAAGGAGGAAUCAUGACUGUCCCCGAAGAGGCCGUACUGGUGUUGGCGGAAGGUGUCGCAAAGGGAGGAUACCCUGUAGACAUUGCCGCUCAGUCGACCGUAGACUUGACAAGCAUUGGCCAGUCAGAAUUAGAAUGUGCAACAGCUUUAAUUGAAUCUGGUCUAGAGCCUGCUGCUGUUGCACAAAUGGAAAUUGGUUACACAGUUUUGGACGCCCAGGAGUCCUACAGCGAGGAACAGGACUUUCCUUCCAGCAUCACUGAGGUAAUCAGGCCAAUGGAGAUGGCAGAGUUGGUGGACAUCCUUCCCACACUGAGUCUUAUUGAAGAGGAGACCCCCAGUGGACCGUCCACACCAUCAGUAAUGGAUAUGUUGGAGAGCUUUGGACUGGGGAUUGGUGAAAACACCACCUUCUUCCACCUGGGGAAUUCAAACUUGACCAAUGGAGCCAGGGUUAUGUCAGAGCCCAGCUCGCACUAUGACAACAGCAGCAGCAGUUUGAGAGAGGCGCGCUGUGAUAAUGCUGCGUUACAAGAACCAGACAUGUCUGCCUCUCAUGCCACGGUGAACGCCACCGGUGGUGAUGCGCCUGCUUUCUGGGACUUUUCCCCAGAGGAUACAGAGGCUCAGCAGGCUCCCAGCAAGGGAGCGUUAUUUCCAGUGAGAAACCAAGUGGAGUGGGACAGACCCUCUAACAGUUCAUCCUGAUAUCGACUCAAGCACCAGCCUACUUUGAACUCAUUUAAAACCAGACAGCAGGCUGCAGCACAGACAGAAAACUCAAGUUUUUUGUCUUGGAAAUAACAUUUCCUAAAAUCUCUGUCUGUCUAUCAGUGUCCACCUGCGUAGUUAAUAUGAACUGUUAUGCAGGAUAAUUGUUACAUCUAGUCUAAUGGUGGAUGUGGGAUAUGAAAAGAAAACACCGUAACCUGUCAUUUGCACAUUUAUGGGCCUGUAGUUUAUCUUUUUUUAACAUUAAAGGGAUAGUUCAGGUAUUUUGAAGCGGGGUUGUAUGAGGUCAGUGUGCCUCCAGGUUGCAGACGGGGGAUCCCGGCACAGAAGCAGAGCUAUGCAUUGCGUCGGACUGGGUCAGCAGAAAAACGGAUUUUAGCCACAUAAAGAAGGUGCACCUCAAAGAAAUCAAUAUCCAAUUAAGUGCACGCUAUAAUAAAAAUAUUUUCAGCAUUUUACCUAGCCUCAUUCAUUGGCACUAACCAUACAACUUCUGUAUUCUUAAGCAUAAAUCAUGCACUAUGUUAUACUGCAGAUCAGCUGUUUGGGUCAGAAAGUUGCGAGAUGAGACUGAAAUCAAACUUCACUUUUUAAAACAGAUUUUUCUGCUGAUCCCGUACGCAGUGCAUCGCAGUCUGCUUUUCUAAAUUAUGCGCUGACUAAAUACUUGAACUCUCCCCGUAAGUCUGUUAGAGCUUCAUGUAGAAAAGCUAAGAUAAACAGUAGUAGUAGUUCUUCUGACUUGAAAACUCAUCACUCACUACAGCACAAAGAAACAUUGCUACUUGUUGGAGGUGACAAACAAGCUCAUUAAAUGCAGAGAGCUGAGUAAAAUACAAGUGUUCGCUUUGCAGUCUAUGAGAAGUUGUUAUAUACUGUAUGUGUAAUUGAAUAGUUGUGGUUCUUUUUGGUUUACCCAUGUGCACUUUUAGCAUCCCAUAACAAAACAGUAGUAAGAUUUAUAAUCCUGUUGACUGUAUUUACUGUUGUCACUCCGACCAGUUUGCUGAUAAUUCUGGUAUCAAGGCUCCACCUAAGAGAGAAGAAACCAUCACAACAAAGGACUAAAGACAUAAUGUUGGUGCUGCAAGAAACUUAUGUCAACAGUUCUUUGUUAUUCAUGUCCUUCAGUUGAUUCCACAAAAGAUCCCUCACUACAAAGACCUAUUCAAAAGCAGCUUUUCAGAAAAAGGCUGCAGUUAUUCGCCUUGCAAUUCUCUGUUCAGUGGCAGACGCAGUAGAAAAAUGGUUUCUGGGUUUCAGUUUGUUAAAGAACAUACAUCAUGUCAUUUUCUUUUUUUCUCUCUCUUGCAUUGUUGCUUCUGUAUUCACUGUGUCUUUACCUCGUCUUGCAUAGCAACCAGAGAUUGAGCUACAGCUAAAGAAACAUGCAGACUUGGUAAAUGUUUUGUGACUAACCAGAGAAAGAGAAAAGGAACUGUGGGAGAAAGAUUUACCACAGACUGUGGAGAAGCAGGUGGUUUUCCUGGUGUAUAGUUUCUUUACAAAAGAGCUGCGAAGUGAAGCGAUGUACUCCAGACAGACUGAAAAUAUGUUGAAUUGUUGAAUAGAGGGGAAAAGCUUUUUUCUUGCAGCUCAGUGCCUUUCAGCUACAGACAAUACAUGACUGUUUUUUAAUUAACUUUGGAUUUCAUGUUGCCAUCGUUCAUAUUAUAAGGGAAGUAUUAUCUCUAGUUUUAUAUCUGGUAACAUAAACACACAAGUGGGUUAACUUAUAACAUUUCAGCAUGAACAUUUUGAGAAGGCCAUUAUGUAUUUGACUGUUAAGUGGGCUGAAACUGACCCAACUAAUGUUAUUAAAAAUCCCAUUACAUAUUGCCUGUAAGGCUUUCA